AUGGGCCACCCUCUAAAGGGAGGUGCCCGUUUUUCUCAUUUGAGUUUGGUGGGUUUGGAAGCCAUAAAUAAAAGGGAAAUUGUGCUUCUACGUAAAAAGGCGCCGCUGCUGCAGGCAGACUCCAUACGGAGGCUCUACCGGCAGAGCCGGGCAGCCCACAAUGGGGGCGGCAGCCUGCGCAGCCCGCGCCCCCUCGGCCCCCCGCGGCCUCGUCGAGGCCCUCCCUUCUCACCUUCCCAGGUGACCCGAAAUCCAGAAGGGGCACCAGCCCCGCUCCGGGAUCAAGUGCAACUUCGGGUGCAGCCGGGAAAAGAAACCGGCUGCAGAGCGGUCCCCCGGAAAUGCACCGUGCACACCCAGACACACCGGCGCGUGUGCGUGACCGCAGAAAGACCCGCUUUCUAUCCGCCGCGAGCCCUCCUCGGGGCUGACACCGGCCCCCUGGCCCCACCCCCAGACACGCGCGCGCGCCCUCGCCUGAGCCGGCUCCUAGCUUCCCCGCGGGAGCGGGGCCGGCGGCGGCGGCGGCCCCGGAUUCUUCUUAACUGCAAUGCCCGGUCCCUGGGAGGCCCGACCCCAGCCAGCCGCCGCCCAGGAGCGGGGGGGUCUGCGCCCGCGGGCGGGGAUGCGUUGGUGGGAAUCGCGGGAGCACGAUGGGCACCCGCACCUACGCGCACCGCCUUCUCUGCAGUACAAAAGACAGCCCCAAGCGCCAUGGUCCCCGUGUCACCUACCUGGGUCCCGGAGCCCCAGCGACUGCAGUGCCCUCCUGGGAAGGGCAGGGCUUGGCCGGGAAAGCGGGGAGACGGGCGCCCCGAGAUCCGAGCAGCGUGGCGAAGAACCCCCCCCGAGGAGCAGAGCCAAGCGGCAGCAACAGCCGCGGUAGCGGCGGCAGCAGUCCUGGGCUUGUCCCCGCCUCCUCCUCUGGCUGCGGAGGCGCUGCCCGUCAGCGCCCCGAGCUCCGCCUCCUCGGGCCCAAAACAGAAGCGGGGUGGGGCCACCUCAGAGGGAAAGAGCGGGAGCUGGAGGAAGGGUGGGGCGGGGAGGAAGGGUGGCACCCCCGGUCCGGUCCCAACCUGCAGCUCCAGCCUCCGCUCCUCCGAACACCUUCCGGGCUCAUAUCUCGACCUCCCUACUGGCCCAUUGUCAAGAACUCCAGAGUUCACGGGACCAGGAUGUAGGCUUGGAAGGGAUCUCAGCAGACCGUCUGCUCCCAAACCCCACUCCUGCGACCACGGGAGGAAACCGAGCCCGGAAUGAGGGGGUUGGCCCUUGGUCACGUUACCAAGUCAACCAGCACUUAUUACGCGACUACUGCGCGCAGGACAUCGUGCCAAAUGCCGGUCAUGUGGAGAAGGAGAGGCAAAAGAUAAAUCCGCUCCGAAGGAGGAGCUCCCGUCUGCUGGCAGAGAACACCCAGAAAGCCACCAACGGGGGCUCCCUGGCUAGAGCUACCUACUGCGGGGGAGGAGAGACCCUGGGUUCAAAUGUGACCUCAGACACAUCCCUGCAGCUCACCCCUGGGCAAGUCCCUCGCUCAGUGGUCUAGUCCAUACCAAUCCCAAGCCUUGAAACCAAUGCUUACAAUGGACCACAGUUACAGGUUUUAAAAAAAAGAGCAAUGUCCAAACCAGCUUCAGACAGGGCAAAUCAGAGAUAAGCAAAAAGGAAAAGGGAGACUGAGAAAGACUUAUUUCAGCAGGGACUUGAAGGAACCAGAGAGAGACAGAGAGAAGGAGGAGGAGGAGGAAGAGAACUCCAGGAGUGGCGCGGCAGGUGAAGGGGAGAAGAGAAGGAGCAGAGCUACAUUUACUCCCAUUACAAGCCAGGCAACCAAAGAACACCAAUCACCUUCAAGACACACUCCACUGAAUUCUGUUUAUGGACAGAAACCAGGCAACAUUGCCAGGUUCUUUAAAAUAGCACAAGAAAAAUAGAACUUGUAAAUUGAGGGAAACCCCAAAUCUGGUCUGUCAUUAAAUUGCCCUCUAAUCUUGUACCUAGCUACAAAAUGUUUUGUUACCCAUCUCCUAAGUAAUUGUGAUUGAUUGUGAAAGCUGACCAAAAGUAACUAUGAUUCUCCUAGGUCAGGGAGAACUAACCUCUAGAUCACCCUGUUUAUGUCAUUCAUCUAUAGCAACAAUGUUUCAUUGACUAUCUCCUUAGGCUACAUGUCUUGUUGUUAAGUUCCAUGGAAACAUAUAUGUAGAAAAUUGAUUGUGUGCCAAAGAAGUAUGUAAUCACCAGCCUAUAUCAUAAACAAACCUCUGUGCUAUGGCAGAACACUGUGUGAUGCCUAAGCACGUGGGCCUGAGCACACAGUGUUGCUCAGCUCCAUUACUCAGCCUGAUCAUCACAUCUAGAUGGAGUGAGCCCUCUCCUUCAGAGAGAUGGCUGGACGGCUCCCAAAGGAAUCUCUAAUUGAAAAAACAACUGACCUAGAAAAUAGAUCGAGGAGAGACAAAUUGAGAAUUCUUUGACUACCUGAAAGUCAUGAUGAAGAAACAAUCUUGGACUUUGGACAUCAUAUUACAAGAAAUUAUCACAAAUAACUGCCAAGAGAUCCUUGAACAAGAAAAUAAAAUCGAAAUUGAAAGAAUUCACAGAUCACCUCCAGAAAGAAAUCCUUAACUGAAAACUUCCAGGAAUGUAAUAGCUAAAUUCAAGAGCCACCAAGCCAAGGAAAAAAUACUUCAAGCAGUUAGAAAGAAACCAUUCAAAUACCAUGGAAUUACAACCAGGAUCACACAGGACCUAGUGACUUCUACAUUAAAGGAUCAAAAGGCAUAGAAUAUGAUAAUCAGGAAGGCAAAAGAUUUGAAUUUACAACCCAGUCACUUAUCCAGAAAAAAAGUAUAUUCUUUCAGAGGAAAAAAUGAUCACUCAAUAAAAUAGAAGAUUUCUAAGCAUUCCUGAGGAAUAAGUCAGACCUAAACAAAAAAUGUGAAGUUGAAACAUGAGGCACAAGAGAAGCCUAAAAAGGUUAAAAAAAGAGAGAGAGAGAGAAAAUGUAAGUGAUUCAUUAAGGUGUUUAUAUGUCUACGUGAAAAGAGGAUUUCUGUAAUUCUCAAAAAUUAUUCUUAGUAGUAGGGAAGAUAGAAGGAAUUUACUCAGAAAGAAGGUGGAGAAGUAAACUGAUUAUGAUAAUAUGAUGUA